AUGCCUCCUCACGUGGCCGUCGACGGCCCUCAACCGGCCAGCUGGAAAGAAGCGUCCGUCUACCAGAUCUACCCAGCAUCGUUCAAGGACUCGACCGGUUCCGGCACUGGUGACCUACAGGGGAUUAUCUCCAAGGUCGACUACCUGCAUUCACUCGGGGUCGAUACUGUCUGGCUGUCGCCGAUAUGCGAGAGUCCGCAGGUGGACAUGGGCUAUGACAUCAGUAAUUACCGCGUCAUCGACCCACAGUAUGGCUCCCUCGACGAUAUGGACGAGCUCAAGGAUCGGCUACACGAGCGCGGAAUGAAAUUGGUGUUUGACCUGGUGGUGAACCACACGAGCGACCAACACGAAUGGUUCCGGCAGUCGCGCAGCUCGGUCGACAGUCCGUAUCGCGACUGGUACAUCUGGCGGAAACCGCGGAUCGAUGCGGACGGCCGGCAACAGCCGCCAAACAACUGGCAGAGCCACUUCCAGGGCAGCGCGUGGGAAUACGACGAGGCCUCGGGCGAGUACUACCUGCACCUCUUCUGCCGCGAGCAGCCGGACCUGAACUGGGAGAAUCCGACGGUGCGGGCGGCAGUGCACGAGACGAUGCGGUUCUGGCUGGACCGCGGCAUCGACGGCUUCCGGCUGGACGUGAUCAACUUCAUCAGCAAGGACCAGGCGUUUCCGGACUCGGACCGCAAGGUGCUGGCAGGCUGCGAGUUUUAUGCAGCCGGGCCGCGGCUGCACGAGUAUCUGCAGCAGAUGGGCGCGAUCCUGCGGGAGUACGGGGCCUUUAGCGUGGGCGAGAUGCCGUGCGUGGGUGACACGGACGAGAUCAUCAAGAGCGUCGGGGCCGACCGCGGCGAGCUCAACAUGAUCUUCCACUUUGAGCUGAUGGACCUGGACCACGGGCCGGCCGGCAAGUUCUCGCCGCGGACGUGGGCCCUGGCCGAGCUCAAGGCCAUCGUGGCCAAGUGGCAACGGUUCAUGUACGACCACGGCGGCUGGAACGCGCUUUAUCUGGAGAACCACGACCAGCCGCGGAGCGUGAGCCGGUUUGCCAGCGAGGACCCGGCCUUCCGUGCAGCCAGCGCCAAGAUGCUGGCCGUCUUCCUCGGCUUCCAGGCCGGCACGCCCUUCCUCUACCAGGGCCAGGAGCUGGGCAUGCACAACAUCCCGGCCACCUGGGACAUGGACGAGCACAAGGACGUCGACUGUCUGAACCACUGGGCGCUGCUGCAGGGCGACGGCGGCGAUGAUGAAGCGCGAGCGGCCGCGCGGCGAGAGUACACUAAGAAGUCGCGCGACAACGCCCGCACGCCGAUGCAGUGGGACACCACGGCGCACGCUGGCUUCACAGCGCACGAGGCGACGCCCUGGAUGCGCGUGCACCCCAACGCGGCCGUGGUCAACGCGGCAGCCGAGCAGGCCGACCCGGACUCGGUCUUCCACUGCUGGCGCCGAGUGCUGGCAGCACGCAAGCAGCACAAGGACGUGGUCGUGUACGGCAGCUUCGCGCUGGUCGACGAGGCUGAUGAAGCCGUCUUUGCGUAUUCCCGCACGUCGGCCGCCGGCAGCGUCGUGUUCGUGGCCUGCAACUUUACCGCCAAGACGGUCCGGUGGAGAAAGCCGUGGACCGGGGCACCAGAAGUGCUGCUCUCCACCGUCGGACGGUCGUCAGACAGCCUUGAGGGCGGAGAUAGCAUAGAGCUGAGUGCGUUUGAGGGUCUGGCCGUGCUGUUGCAGAGAUAG